CUUGGUGGCGGGAGUCGGUGCCGCUUGGCGGGAGGGCGCGCGCCUGGGUGCCGCUGGCCAUGCUGUGCCGGGCGCUGCUCCGCCGCGCCGCCGCCACCCCCUCCGUGCCACCCCGUCAGCCCUCGGCGCUUCCCCUCCAGCAUCUCCUCGACAGCUACCGGUGCCGCCGGGAAGAUGACCACCUCUCCUACGGGGAAACGGGCAUGCCGGUCCCUCCUUUCGGCUGCCGCUUCUCUGCAGCACCAAAUUUUGAACAUAUACUGGCAGUUGCAAAUGAAGAAGGAUUUGUUAGACUGUAUGAUACUGAAGCUCAAACUACCAGCAAAGUGAUCUUUAAGGAAUGGCAGGCUCAUUCAAAUGCUGUAUUUGACCUUGCCUGGGUACCAGGAGAACACAGGAUUGUCACUGCUUCAGGAGACCAGACAGCCAAGGUGUGGGAUGUGAGAGCUGGGGAGCUUCUUGGCAUAUGCAAAGGUCACCAGUGUAGCCUCAAGUCAGUUGCUUUCUCUAGAUUUGAGAAAGCUGUCUUCUGUACUGGAGGCAGAGAUGGAAACAUCAUGGUUUGGGAUACCAGAUGCAACAAGAAAGAUGGAUUUUAUAGGCAGGUGAAUCAAAUCAGUGGAGCACACAAUGUGGUUGACAAGCAGACUCCUUCCAAGCCCAAGAAGAAGAGGCAGAACCUAAGAGGUCUUGCUCCCCUGGUGGAUUUCCAACAGAGUGUAACUGUGGUGCUGCUUCAGGAUGAACAUACUCUUAUCUCUGCAGGAGCUGUUGACGGCGUGAUCAAAGUUUGGGACUUGCGCAAGAACUAUGCUGCUUACCGUCAGGAGCCGGUGCCUUUCAAGUCUUUCUGCUACCCCGGCACCAGUACUCGCAAACUGGGAUAUUCUAGUCUGGUUUUGGAUUCCACUGGUGCUAAUCUCUUUGCUAACUGCACUGAUGACAGUAUCUACAUGUUCAAUAUGACAAGUUUAAAGACCACUCCAGUGGCGGUUUUCAGCGGACACCAGAACUCUAGCUUUUACAUCAAAUCCAGUACUAGCCCAGAUGACCAGUUUCUGGUGAGCGGCUCGAGUGACUGCAACGCGUACAUCUGGAAGGUUUCUGAACCCAGCCUGCCUCCAAGGAUGCUUGUUGGUCAUUCUCAAGAGGUUACCUCCAUUGCUUGGUGUCCUUCAGACUUCACAAAGAUUGCCACGUGCUCUGAUGACAACACUGUGAGAAUUUGGCGCCUACAACAUUGUCUUGAGGAGGAGAAGUCAGCGUUCAGUAAAACCAACUUGGUGGGCUGGGUCACACAAAAGAAAACAGAACAACGUGGAGCAGGAUCACCAGCCAGCCUACAGAAUACUCCUGCCAAGGCUGUUACAGUGGGCAAUCCGUGCGUUUCCUCGCCACGUCCGGCUGCCUGUGCUCCCAGUUAUUCUGGAGACCUUCCUCUUUCUACAAACACUCUAACGGUCUCUCUCAAAACCCAAAUUGCUGCAGCCUGCACACCAGCAAAGCGCAGUGGAGCCAGCCCAUGCGAUUCUCACAAACCUGUGCCUUCCUCCAAAAUGUCCAUUAAACACUGGGUAACCAGGACUCCGUCGUCUUCUCCUCCAGAAGUGGGGAAAAAGGCUCUUUCUCCUAGAAAAGCCCUGGCAGAAGUCACACAAGGUCUCUUGGAAGCAUCUAGCACUCCUAAAGCACCACACUCACAGGUUGAAAAGCGUGUCAAGAGGAGGCUUGACUGCAGCAAGGAAGGCGACGUGAGACAGAAGUGUCUGCAGGCCUGCAGCUGUGUGACUGAACUGGACCAUGUGGCUAAGAAGUCCAAGCUGAAUUUAUGUCACUUGGCUGCAGAGCAGAAAGCUUGCGAUGAAGGCUCUCUAAGUCUGGCUGACAUGGAUAAUGAGCACGAAGGCUCUAGCCACAGCCCAAAAGAGCCUUCUCUUUCUGGAAGCCGUAUUAAUCCAUCCAACGUUCAAACUCCCCCUCUUCUUUUCCAAUCUCCUUGUGGAAAAGGCACGGAUGUAGUAGAUAAAGAGAAUAGUUCACCCGAACGAAAAAACUGGCUGUCUGCUCUGGGAGAGAAGCUACGGACUGGCAAAGCUGGCAGCCCCCCGUCAUCUUACAGUCCCAGUGCAAAACGACAGGAUGCUGCGGCAGUGGCCACCUCACCGAAAAAUGCUGUAACCACUCCAUCUUCCAUGAGGAAGAUCUGCACAUACUUCCACAGAAAGCCACAGAAUGACUGAAGCAGUGUGUGGCAGUUGCACCUGAUGGAUGUUGACACUGUAGUAUUGAGACCAGAUUUAGCAGCACUGCCAGAGCAAUGUACCGGGAUUACACAGUUUGUUUUCAGACCUCAGUAAACUUGGGUUUUUACUCUCCUCUUUUUAAAGCCAUUAACAUUUGAAAUCGGCCGAGCAUGGAAAAUUAUCAUAACACUUAGAGACUCAUGGUUUCUUAAUCACUUCAGCUGAUGGAUCUUAUUUUGUAAAGAAAACAGAGUAUUUUUUACAUGGCAACUGUUAUAUCCCAAAUUGAGCAACAGCUCUGCUGUGCAUUGUUGACAGGUACAUGAAGCUUGUCUUUCAAUGUUACUAAUCUGCUGUUGAAAUUUUCUCUGCUUGAGUACUGCGUGAAGCAUUGCACCCUCCAGAAAAGCAAGUGUUGUGUGUCAAGAAGCCUGUGCUGGAGGUAGAGCUGAGCCACUUCAUGGUGAAUGGCAUUUCCAGUUAUUCCUCUCAUACAGUAACAACAACCGAGCAAGGAAGUUAUGAAAGUGUAAAUAAAUGCAGAAGACUUUCAAAUGCCCUUGUAUCCACCUCCAUCCAAUGGCACAGCUGAUUAUAUUCCAAGAGGAGAGAGAGUAUAAUCAUGUACUUAAUACCUGUACUCCUCUUGCCACCCCCUUCCUUCUCCAAGUCUGAAAACUUCUGUAUUUACCAACUUAGCUGGCUUUUGGACCAUCAGCACUACAGCUGUUCAGACCAACAGCUUGUCACUUCUCCGACAUAAAAUAUUGGCAAGGUGUGUUACAAAAGUUAGUUUAAUCUAUCCCAAAUAGUGCUCCAUAACAGCUGGUUGCUCAGAAACUUCUUGCAGAUUCAGCCUGCAGCAAAGGCAUUAAUAACUGCUUGUAAAAUACCUUUAUAACACUUAUAAUACAGUAUUUAUAAAAUAAUACCUUGUGAAUUAGGGGGCACUUCACAUCUUAGAAAGCACUUCACAAUGUUUACAUAUUAAUGUUUUACAUGCUUUGCCAUCUGUAAGUCAUCACUGAUGCUGAUAGAACAAGGUCACUAGCUGGAAUGAGAUCACUGUCCUGCUGGCUAAUGAUAAUAACUCUGUGGUCAUGGUUUCCAGAGGGGUGGUUAGUAAAAGAUCUGUAUCUUAGAUUGGAGCAUUUACUCUGUCUUUUGGUAUGAUAGUUCCUAUGAACUGAAAUAAAUAGAUAGUACCUCAGAAUCCCUAUUAAGUCUUUAUAUUGCAAAAGUAUUGAGGUAUUUGAUGGGGAUGUGCUCCAACUAACUCAUGUUUUCUGUCUGAAAAUUUCAGACCUACUUUACAGCAUCAUUGAAUUACUAUGGUAGCUGAAAGGGAUUAGAAGAAAACAUGCUGGUUAGUAUUUUGCUGUGGAUUGUAUUUCGCAAGGAAGUAAAAUACAUGAAAGAACUGGCUUCUAUGAAAGGUCUCUUAUAGUUACAAAGCAAAAAUAAAUGGGUAAUGUAAUUUAAAGAAAAAAAAAAACACAACAGUAGUCAUCAUCAAGUUGAAGCUUUUAGCAGGAGCACUCAGGUAUGUGUAGGGACCAGAACAACUUCCUCUUCUUUAUUGAAUUACAAGCCAUCAUCCCAUGACCUUUGAGGAGAUGUCAUUAAGUUAGAAGAAAGUGGGGAAGGUAAUGUAGUGCUUUGGGCAUUUUUUGUAGUGAUCUUUUUAAAAAAAAUGGAUUUUUAAAUUGAUUAUUUGAAUAGAUAAUAUCUUGAGUAAAACAGGAAUAAAAAAUCUGUUAGUUUAAUAUUAACCUACUUCUGGAUAUUGAGCUGUAUAGGUGGAAGUAGCAGAAAUGUAACAAGGCAAUCUGGUAGUUUUGUGAUUGAAUUCUGUCUUAACUGUAAUUAAUAAGAGCGACUGCUUAGGGUUCAAACUGCCUUGCCUACAGCCAGUUUUCCAUAACAGGUUGCAGAAUAAGGAGAUAAGAACCCUCUUAAAGUAUAUGAGUGUCUUGUCAGCUAUUUCAACAGCAAUAGGAUUUCAUGUUCCACCAUAUCUUUCAUAAUAUUUUCCUCCUCCAGGAAUGUUCUACACUCAAAGUAUUAUCUCCUGUAUCUUGUAAAUGACUACCUAGAGAUGAUUUACACUAAAGAUUGUUCAUCCCAGUGGUAACCAUUAGUGGGGAUGGGAGAUUUUCACCUCCUAAAUAGUACCUGUUUAGCAGGAUAACUUGUUUUCUGGAACAUAGGCUGUAAUUCCUGUCACCUUAGGGUGCGGAAGCCUGGUUCAGAGCCUAGGAGAAGUAACUGAAGCUUAUAUUCUUCCAUGUCAAAGUGCCUUGAUCUUGUGACAGAGUCAUGAUAGCAGGAGCACCAAAUCACUGAUACAAAUCAUAUGUCAAGUGGUUUAAGGUAACGGGUGCUGUCUUUACCUGAGACACUUGCUGAACUAAGCACCAGGGGCUAUGCCUUCAAGGAACUGAGCUCUUAUUUUGAGCUAGCAAGCUAUAUCUCUGAAUCAUCUUUCCUUCUAAAGGACUGACAGAAAUUCUGUACUCCAUGGUUGCGAGAGAUCUUCUUUGGAGUUAUUAUUCCCCAAACCCCAUAUGUAUGUCGAGCCCACCUUAUGUAGGUUUUAUUUUGCAGGUUUUUCCACACAGAAGAUACUGCUUACUGAUGUCUUUCUCCUCAGUGUUUACCUUCUAAUUGCCAAGUGGGAUUUGGGAAUGACCAGGGCUGCUUAUGAUAGUACCCUUUCCAAUAGGUAUUACUAAUGCUGUGUUGAAAGUUAUGCCCUGCACUGCUCAGCUCUGAGCAGUCAACUAGUUUAGCUUACUAGCAGUUUUACAGGCUGGCAGUGGCUUUGAGCUAGCCUGACUUGGCAAAAGUAAAGAGGUAUUCCUGGCUUCUGUAGAGAUGCCUGGUCAGCUGGCUUUGGCAAGCAUUUCUUCUGGUAACAGCACCUACUUAAGAAUCUCUUGGGGAAGCUAACUACAAAGAAAACCAAAAAUUGAAUUGCCACAGUUCCCUGACUCGGUAGAUAGUUAUUCCAAAACCAUUGAGGGGAUGGAAGUGAAGAUCUGGGGACACCAUUGCCCACUAAGGGGACUGUUCCAUCAAACUAUUUCUUGAAGCGUAGAGUUGGUAACUUCUUGUCGGCCAGGGAUUGCUAAAGUCUUCCUUUGGCACAGCUGACCAUGGCUGAAAUCUGGAUUUCUUACCUUCAUACCACCCUGUAGACUGAUCUACAAAGGUUGAUGGAAAAUACACUAUUGUGCCGUAGAAAAAAGGUUCUAGGUGCUCUCUGUAUGUGGUAUAUAAUUUCUUAAUAAGCUUUGUUUAGAAAUAGAUGUUUUUGAGCUAGGAAUUUACCAAAAGUGUUUGGUAGCUGGCUAGAACUGUCCCAAUACUCAAGGGUUUAUAUGUAGGCCUUGCAUCCAGAAUGUCUUUUAAAGACAUCCCUCAAGAUCAAGUAUUAAGACUUUUUUUGUAGCCAAUACUGGUUUGGCAGUAAAUGGAAAACAGUGUUUGGACCAUCUUCAGGUCCAUGACAAUCAAAUUUCAUUCUUCCUUUCUGAAGCUGACCUAAACAGUUUUCCAAGUGAGUUGAAAUUAUCACACUGUGUUUCUCUACAUUUUGUUGGUAACAGUUAACCCAGUGGCUUGCAUUUUUUUAUUCUCUGUGACUCAUCUGUGACCCAGUCUACAAUAAAUAAAAUACAUUCUGCUCC